AUGCCUCACUUGAGCGUCUCGGAUGCUUUUGUCCGCUUUUCCUUACGGGGGUCCAAUCGGCAACGUUUCCUGGACCAGGAAGUGCUAUUGUCGGAAUUGAAUUACGAAGUGAAAAGUCUAGCACGAGACAAGGACAUUCUUCAAGAGCGAUGUAUCGAGUUAGAGAGGAAGUAUAAAAAGGCGAAAGCUGCAAGCAAGGAAUUCGAAAAACUCAUAGAAGCAGUUGAUCCAUGCUCAUCGAAGGCACCAGAUUCCCCGUCGUUACUCGAUCGAUCUCGAAGGAAACACAGAUCUCCCUCCAAGAAGGACGAGCAGAAUGAUUCCUUACAAAUAUGCUUGGAGAAUUCCCAAAUUGAGAUUGAAGAUCUUCGAUCGAGGCUUGAAAAAGAAGUUAAUAUGUCCAAAUCGUUACAUGACGAUCUCGACCAGAGUAGAAAAAUGGUUCUGGACAGGGACGAGCAGAUUAAUGAGCUCAGUAAUAAAUUACGGGACGCUGAACUGAAAUGCCAGCAGACGGAGGAUCAUCUAUCGCGCACUUCCACUGAUCUCGCGCUUGAGCGUGCACGCUGUGACGAACUCACCCUUACACUUCACGAAAGCGAAGGUUUAUUAUCUCAAACAAGAGCAGAUUGCCUUUCAUAUGCGUUGGAAAAUCAACGGCUACUCGAAGAAGCCAGAGAAGCCAAUCAACAAAUUGUGUCAUACCGAGCAAAGUUGUUAGUUUUGAAAGAUUUUCUUUCCACUAGAGUCCUGCUCACUAUGGAAGCACAAGGAGCAGAUCUCAUUGCAACGAAGAAAACACUGCGGUCUCUGCAAAGGGAUAAUAAGGAUUCAACUGUGUCACAACACAAUACGGGUGCAAAUACGGUUGAUGAGAAAUAA